GGCGCGGUGAGCAAGAUCGCCGGAAGAGAGCGCGUCCCCGUCUCCAUGGAGACGCAGCGUUUGAAUUCUACACCGAGGAGCUCGAGACCAACUGCCACCGAGAGAGUGUGAGGGAGGCUAUAGGGUCAACACAACGUGUUACUUGGAAAAGACAAAUGUCUGCCUCUAGCCAGUACAGUGACUGUGACUGGUUUUACCACAUUCCUCAGAAAGCAAGCAAAGCUGACAAGAGUCAAGUGCAGCUUCCACCAACUUCCCAGAUCCCGGGUUUGAGUAAGCUUGCAGAGCCUCACAAGGAGAUCACUUUUGAGAGUCGUAAAUUAUGGAUUAAGGACACAGAUUCAGACUAUGUAAAAUUAGCCAAACAAGGAGGCAGAGCAGAUUUGCUGAAACAUUAUUCCCCUCCUCCAAGAAAGUCAUCCCCAGUUCCCUGUUCACAACCAGAGUGGUUCGUGCAUGCUCCACCAUCUUCUAAGAACAAGGAAGUUCCUAAAUGGUAUUUACCAGAAUACAUGGUUCAUGAGGAGUUCAUUCCUAGCCCUUGUGAGAAUAAGUCUGGAAAAUUACCUCAUGAUCCUGAUAAGACUGCAUUGGAGAAGAAUACAGAAGACAAUGAGAAGGAAAAUAAAAUAAAGCUGAAGUUGCCAGAAAUUAGAGACAAAAAGCAAAAAGAGAAAGCAAAUACGAAGAAGACAGUGCAAGAGGACAACUUGGAAAAUAAAUUUCCGGCCAUGCCUUUACCAAAAAAGAAUGAACCUAUAAACUUCACAAAAUUAAUUAUGAAUGGGUAUGCUGAGGACUACAUUCAGCAGCGAAAGGACUUCAACAAGAAGAUAUCAUCAAACAUAAAGGUUAAGCAACCUGGAGAUCUGGUUCCUCUUGACGAGUUCCAGAAGUUAGAAAAAAAAGAACUUCUUAGAAAUACAAAGUCACGAGGAAAGAAAGCUAUCUCUACUAAAGUGAAUCAAAAUGUAACCUUCAGAGACCCUGUGAAAGAUUCCGAGGCUAAAACAUUAAUUCUGAACAAAUUUAGAGACAUGCCAGCUUGAAUUGACACCAGCAGACAAGAUGUGAAACCUUGCACAUCAAGCAGAUAUUAAUCAUUACAGGACAAAAUAAAUCAUUCGUAUUAAAAGUGGACAGCUGCAACAAAACAGUGACGAGCUAUCAGCUCUAAGAAUGAAAUGUAAUUAUUUAUAUAAUGAUUAAUAUUUAUUCCUUCCAUUAUAACAACUUAAUUUGAAUUGCUUUAAUACCAGAAGAGACAACUUAAUUGUUAUUGAAUGGGCCUUUGUUAAUUCAGCUAUGUUUACAAUUAAACACCAUUGAGCUAUAAUGUGUAAAAGAUUGAUUUGAGUACUAAAUAUCAGUGACUAGUUACACAGGAAGAAAGAAUCACUGAGGACCAUAGUGUCCUUCACAAUUCAGCUGAUUAGACAUAUUAGAAUCUAUUGUAUUUCAAUGAAAAGUUCUUUAAAAUCAAUGAAAGCUUGAGGUUAAUAUUCCUUUUAUAUUAAAAGACGAAUUUCAAACAUUGGUGUGCAUGCAAUUGUUCAAUGAUUUAACAGCUGUGGUACAUACACUCUUAUGCUCUUUUUCUGCUGAACUAUUUACAAACUACUAGAUCAUACUUUACACAAAAACAAUGACUGUUCUAGAGACCAAGCUAAUGCUCAAAUUUUAAAAAGUAUAUAGCAGAACAGUUAAACAUCUUCAGCACACACUUUUCCUUCAGUUACGUAAUUCCUCAUGCAACACACAAUAUCAUACCAUAUUAAAACUAUUUGCCAACAAGUGGACAGAAAAGCAUAUUCUGGACUGUCCUUAUACAAUCCCUAUAUUGCUUCCUAACCAUAUUGAUUAAAACAUCAGGCAAGGAAAAUAUCCAUUAUUAUUUUUCUAUGUAACCUCACUUUUUAAAAUAGCUGCUUUUAUAAAUUGAAGACCCCUCAUGCUACAUUUACAUGUUGUCAACCACCCUCAAUCUAAGAUGUUGAUAGUUUUGCGGUUAUAUGUCACCUAGUACAUUUGAUUCAUAUAUAUGAAGACAUCAUUCAUGUAGCAUGUAACAUACAAUAUAUGCUGUACUAAUUUUGCUAACUAUUACAAAUGGAGAAAUAUAAGAUACUCUGUACUAUUCCAGUUAUUGUGACAGAGUCCUGAAGUUAUAAAAACAUUUACAAUUCUGUAUUUAGAACUGUUGCAUAAUA